AUGAAUGCCGCCGGCGUUGCCCGCGCACACGUACAGCAAUUGUCUUUCAAGCGACACACAACCAUCGUUUUCGACCAUUCUUCGCAAGAUCACAUCUCCGACAAGAAUGCUUCUCCUCAGCAUGCCAGACAGAUCAUUGGCGAACUGUGCGGCGCGCAAGAUCGCGUUGCUCCUGACGCUGCUUCUCACUUCGCCGACUUAGUGAAUCAUCUCCGCGGAUUAUCUGCUACGGAGAUAGUGUCCGUUUCCAGCCCAGGAUGCGGUGCAUUCGCCGAUGCUCUGGCCGCCUGCGCGUCGCAGUCAUGCUUGGCGCACCUAGGCAACUUAAUAAACGCAGGAGCCGCACCGGAAUCUGUCUAUUCGUCGCUCUCUCUAGUACCAGCUCCCGAAGAUGGCAUCGUGGAUUCGGUGGCCUCAUUCAUUGAUCGAGUUCCACUUCACGGCCUGCUACCAGUCUCAUCAAUGGUCCAGUCCUACUGUAACGGUCAUCCGGAGUGCGGAAGGAAUCCAUCGGUGCAGCGCAUCAUACAAAGCAUCGUGGCGAAGCUUCCAGCUGACUGUCGAGUUGGAGAGCGAUUCGACGAAAUCGAAAAGACUGUUAUUAUUCUAAAAUCUGUUGGGAAUAUUGCCAACGAGCAGCAAUCGUUGCCGUCCAUACUGGCCUGUAUCGAUAAUCAGCAUAUCCCGAGGGAUGUGAAACUUGCAGCGAUCAAUGCAUUACGCAGAAAACCGUGUGGUCGACAACGGAAUGACAAAAUCAGUAAAUUGUAUCGCGAUCACAAGGUUGGCUCCUCUUCCUGA